UUAGUGGAAACACCAUCACCAUUUCACAAAGCAAACAAAACACAAAUCAGAUUCUCUUUUAUAUAUAUAUAUAUAGAGUAUAAACCUUUCAUUUCCUUCUCACCCAUCUCUUUCUUGGCUUCCACUUCAAAUGCCACCACCUCAUUCGCCGCUACCAUGUCCCAGCAGCCGCCACCAGCUUACCCCUCUGACUCAGCUGCCCCAAAUACAACUUUCGUCCAAGCUGACCCUUCAACGUUCAGGACAAUAGUUCAGAAACUAACCGGAGCAACAGACGGACCGUCCGCCCAAAAGCUCCCGGUAACCCACCCACUCCACAAUAUGGGCCCGAAACGACCCGCAUUUAAGCUCCAUGAACGAAGACAAACAGCCAAAAAGCUUGAAAUCAAACUCAACAACCCCAACAACGGAAACGUUUACGCUAACAGGAACUUCGAGCUUUGUUUCCUCAAGCAACGCGGAAAUCCUUUCCUCGUGUCGCCUGUUUCGACUCUUGAGUUUCUCUCGCGUGUUACCCCGAGGUCGCCGAGAGAGGAGGCGCACGCGCGCGGCAGUCCGAGGGAGCAGUGUGAGGAAAUAGAAGAAGAGAGAUGCAUUGCGGAGAAAGGAUUUUACUUGCAUCGGAGUCCGUUGAGUACGCCGAGAGGCGCUGAACCUGAACUUCUUCCAUUAUUCCCGUUGAGUUCUCCGAGAUCUAAUGAUCAUGGGGAUAAUUCUUGUAAUUAGCGAAUAAUUAAUUAAUUGAGGUUAACGGAGAUUAUAGCUUAAUAAUCACUUUGGAUUAGUGUUAAUGAGUUGUUUGACGUGAAAAAUAUUAAUACUAAUUUUAUUUUUA